AUGGUAUCCACCACAGCCCGCAUCCCAAAGGUUACCGUCGCCGAUGUCGAGUUGGACGAUUGGACACUCCCCGACGAGGCGAUCACCGAUGGCAACCCCGUAGCGAAGGGCAAGCUGCUCUGGCAGUCCGACGACAAGCGACUCGCCAACGGCGUAUGGUCGUGCGAGCCCGGCUCCUUCAACUGGGAAUACACCUGGGACGAGACCAUCUACUUCAUCGAGGGCGAGGCCGUCAUAACCGACCAGGACGGCGUCAGCGUCACCUGCCGCGCCGGAGACCUCUUCUACGUCCCCAUCGGCACGAUGACCCACUGGAAGGUCGUCGCCCCCGUCCGAAAAGCCUUCCACUUCCGCUCCGACGACCCGGUAAUCAUCUAG